CAUCUCCACGUUAGGUACCGAAACACAGCGAACAGCGGACCACUGUCCGUCCUGCUCCGGUAGGGAGACGACACAGAGCCACUGACUCAGGACGUGACUGAUAGCAACUAGCAAAGUAUCUGCUUCCGAGAAGAUUUCCUCUGGGAAAAUGGGAAAAACUGGAUGUUGAGGGGAAAGAAACCGUCAAAUAUUUGUAUUUUCUACAAGAGAGGUCGCGAGCUAAAGCAGCCGUGUUCGCUUCUGCUGGAGGAGUCGGUCAAGUGCGGUGAACUUUGGGCUUAUCAUUUUCUUGUUUGAUAGUUUGCAACUUUCUCAGGGUAUAUGUAACUGCACUUUAUUCGGCAUUAUCACGACGGGAGGUUAAUAUUAACCCACUGGAUUUGAACAUGUUUGCAGUUAAUGAUUUACUAAAAAGCGUUCUUGUGGUAGACCCACUUUGCUGAUAGGCAUUUUGCUGGAGGCAUUGUGGCUCUUUUGUAAAGUGCACUUUCAAGGUUAGCCUGCUAAUAGUAACGCAACAACUUUGAUGUUGAUUAAAUGAGACGUGCGCUCUAGUGGGUAACUCCCGCUAGAGAUACAGCGCAGUAGUCUAAAGAAAGGUGAGACAGUCUGUAAAUUGUGAAAAGAAAAAAGAGAAAAACUUAAAAAGGAGAAAGCUGUAUGAGCAUUGAGCACGUGAGUCAACUCACCGACAUUUAUGGAGGGGCAGUUUCUAGCGCUGCUCUGACUGUAAAUCUGGAAUGGAGCUCUUUCCCAUGAUGCAAGUGCACUGUUGAGGACUGUCGUAGCAUUCUUGCUAGGGGAAUUAGUUUAAAAACAGUUUGUUCGCUACCGCUUGAACUAGCAAUACUGCGGGUGAAAACUUGCCGAAGGCAUCUUGUUACACCGUCGGGAGAACGACGACUGAUUUCCCCCCUCGCGCCCAGACCAUGGCCUCCACCUUAUGGAACAGCUGCUUCUCGUUGCUCUGGAGACGGACCUUCCUCGCGCUGUGGCUGUGUGCGCUCGUGGCGCGUGGAGCGGAGGAUGGCAGCGCCUUCAACUCAGAGGCGUGGCUGAGGAUGUACGGUUACCUGCCCCAGGCCAGCAGACAGAUGUCCACCAUGCGAUCAGCUCAGAUUCUGUCCAACGCAAUCAGCGACAUGCAGCGCUUCUACAGCCUGGAGGUCACUGGACAGAUGGACCCUCAAACCAUCAGUGCUAUGAAGAGACCCCGCUGCGGUGUGCCUGACAAGUUCGGAGGCCAGAUCAAAACCAACGUGCGGCGGAAACGCUACGCCCUCACGGGACAUAAAUGGAACAAGAGCCACCUCACUUACAGUAUCCAAAACUACACUCCCAAGAUUGGAGAGUAUAACUCAUUCGAAGCCAUCCGUAGGGCGUUCAAAGUCUGGCAGAGUGUGACCCCAUUGACUUUUGACGAAAUUCCCUACCAGGAGAUCAAAUAUGGACGCCGCAAGGAGCCCGACAUUAUGAUCUUCUUCGCUUCGGGUUUUCAUGGAGACAGCUCUCCUUUUGAUGGGGAGGGAGGCUUCCUAGCCCAUGCCUACUUCCCUGGACCUGGAAUGGGUGGGGACACACACUUUGACUCCGAUGAACCAUGGACCAUAGGAAACCACAACGUACAAGGUAAUGACCUCUUCCUGGUGGCAGUCCACGAGCUGGGCCACGCCCUUGGUUUGGAGCACUCCAACAACCCCCUGGCCAUCAUGGCUCCCUUUUACCAAUGGAUGGAGACGGAGAACUUCCAGUUGCCUGACGACGACCUGCGGGGCAUACAGCAGAUCUAUGGUCAACCAGACAGCGGCCCCACCCAGGCCCUGCCCACCGUGACACCCCGUCGCCCAGAGCCCAGGCCACCUCAAACCCCGCCUCGGCACCCUGACCGCCCCAGGACCACUGAAAGACCAGAUCACUAUGGACCCAAUAUCUGUGAAGGGAACUUUGACACGGUGGCUAUGCUCCGAGGAGAGAUGUUUGUUUUCAAGGGCCGUUGGUUCUGGCGGGUGCGUAGGAACAGGGUUCUGGAUAACUACCCCAUGCCCAUCGGUCACUUCUGGAGGGGUCUGCCUGGAGACAUAGACGCCGCCUAUGAGAGACACGACGGCAGGUUCGUCUUCUUUAAAGGUAACAGAUUCUGGCUUUUCAGGGAGGCUAACCUGGAACAGGGCUAUCCAUUGGAGCUGGUUGAUUAUGGUCAAGAUAUUCCCUACGACCGAAUAGACACAGCCAUCUGGUGGGAGCCAUCCGGCUUCACUUACUUCUUUCAAGGAGACAGGUACUGGCGCUUCAACGAGCAGUCACGCUUGGCUGAUCGGGGCUACCCGAAACCAAUCAGCGUCUGGGGAGCAUCAGUGCCCUCCUCUCCCAAGGGGGCCUUCCUCAGCGAUGAUGGAGCCUACACCUUCUUCUACAAGGGUUCCAAGUACUGGAAGUUUGACAACCACCGCAUGAAGAGCGAGCCAGGCUACCCCAAGUCCAUCCUGAGAGACUUCAUGGGCUGCAGCGUGGACCUGGACCCAGACAGAGACACGGACACAGACGCCGGGCGCAAAUACCCAGACGUGAACCGCCCGCCGUUCAACCCGGACGCAGACGGACGCGACGGCGACAAGGGCAAAGACCGAGAGGGGACGGACGGCGGCGGGACGGACAAAGACACGGGCAAAGGGUCGGACGCCGACGGCGACAAAGACGAAGACGACCGCGAGGGACGCGAGGAGGACACCAACGAGGUGGACGUGGUGCUGAAGGUGGACGACAGCGAGGAGCGGACCAUGAACAUCCUGAUGGUGACCAUCCCGCUGGUCCUGGUGCUGUGCAUCCUGGGGCUGAUCUACGCCAUCAUCAACACGCUGCAGAGCAAAGGGGCGCCGCGGCUGCUGGUGCACUGCAAGCGCUCGCUGCAGGACUGGGUCUGACCCCUGACGUUAAGGGACACUGAACUAUAUGAACCUAAAGUUGGACCUUAGACACCGCCCUCCUCUAAUCCAAGCCUCUUCCCAGCGACCCAUCUGUCUACAGUCUCUGUGCUCAGUGGCUCCCGCAAACUUGUGGUAGUAGAUCCAAUAUCGUACUGACACACACACACACACACACACACACACACAUACACUAGAAGCAAGCAUAGAUUAUGUCUUACUUAUACAUACCCCUACACACACCACCCUAACCUCCUCCUGUCUCCCAUGGUGCUCUACAAUGCGUUGACUGUAGUCUAUUUAUAUGAGAGAAGUUUGCACAUUGUUUUUUUUUCUUCAUGUUUUGGUUCAUUUUGUGUGACUUUAUGUUGUUGUUAUUAUUAUUUCUGAACCAGGAAGAGCGUUCUAUUCUCUCUCCCAUCUCUGCACCGCCUUCCUCCUUCCCCUGAUCUCUGUAGGGGCUUUGUCCUCGCCGCCGCCGCCGCCGCCGACUCCACAUCUGCUUACAUUAUCACAGUUGCCGCAAAAGAAAGAAAUGCAAAGGGUUCGAAACGAGAAAGCCAUUUGUAGACGGACCACUACGCUUCAAGCGGGGCUCGGUAGCGUUCCUUCCCCCUUUCACCAUCGUCGUCUUCUCCUUCGUCUUGCUCCAUCUCUUCCCUUUGCUCUGCAGUACAGUGUGUCACACGGUGGGAGGUGAGCGAGAGAGAAACAGGGUUAAGUUACAACAGAUAUUUCGUGGCAGUUUACAUUCAGAGGUAUUUUGAGGCAUUGAGCCUGGAUAUUAUCCUCCCUUUGACUCCCUCUGACAGAGACUGGGCUGGGGGUGUAACUCUGAAGGUUGGAGCAGAAUUUAGUAUGUCAUCAUACAGGCACCACUUUGGUUUUAAAGGAUAAUUAUAGUUUAUUACGACUUCAAUCUUAUUUUGAAUGGUAAUUUCAACAGUAACAAUAACACUGGACUCAUCAAGUGAAUUGCUGAGAUCUGGGAAUUAAAUUAAAAUAAAUUUAAGCUCUAGUGUCAAAUCAUAACAGGGGUUAUCUCAGGACACUUUACAGAUAGAGAAGGUCUAGGCCAAACUCUAUAAUUUACAGAGACCUGACAAAAUAUGAAGACAGACGGUAAAAUGAUUACCACAGACCGUCUGUUGUAAACAUUCAAGUUCACAUACCACCUUCCUGGUUCUACUUUGACCUACCACACUUGCCGUAGUUGUGUGCAGUCUUUAAAACAAGUACAAUGUUAUAAUAAUAGAUAUAAAUUGUCCCAAGUUGUAAUAAAUAGUAAUUAUCCUUUAAA